GUGGCGGUUGCAGUGGCAGACACUAGCUCCUUACGAGCUGCGUUGGGCCAGCACCCGAAGUUUUCGCUGGUGGAGUCUGGCCCAGCAGUGCCAAUGCCCACGUGGUCUUAAAGUUUGCCACUGGCAGGCAGCCUUGGGUCCCGCGUCCCCUAAUCUUGUGUCCUGGUGAAGUUCUCUUGAGUGAGUCCUUGUGCUGGCGGGGUGCUGACACUUACCAGACUGCCAUGUGGUUGACAGAAGUGUGCCCUAUGUUUAUAUUUAUUAUGCUGGUGUGUGUAGUUACUUUGAUUUUUAAUUUAUUUUAAUUCAUAUUUAAUAUUUAACAUGUUGUCAUUUCCCUCUUUGGUUUUGGCAACGAGUUUUCCCUGUGUAGCCCUGGAACUCGCUGUGUUGACCAGCUAGCUUUGCACACAAAGAUCACCUUCCUCUGGGAUUAAAGGCUUGUGCCACCAUGCCCGCCUUUUUUUUUUUUUCUUUUGUAUUUGUAUUUGUUGUUAUUUAAAAAAAAACAAACACUUGGGCACUGUUUAUCAGCAGGCUUACACAGCAACCACUGUGUAAUUGAGGCCAAUCCAGUUUAAAAAAAAAAAAAAUCAUAUUCUGACUUCCUCCUGUUCUCUUUCCAGAGCUUGUAUUUUUUUUUUUCUCUCUCUCACGUCCUAGUGUACUUACCACUCUGCUUACAUGUGACAUGCAUUCUGCUAUCCUGGAAACACUCCACCUUCUCACAUAUCUCAUGGACCCUCUCUUCUCCAUGGUCUCUACAGACAUUCAGUUGAGUUUUGGAACAGAUGGUUACGAGUUCAAAGAGAGUAUCCUCACAAAUGAGAAACAGAAUUUGACCUUGUGGGAUUAAGUUAUAUCCAUUUGCCUGAAAAUUUCAUUUCAGGUUUCUGCAUUGCAGAGUCAAAUUCCAAUGUCAAAAUCUCCAUUUUCUGAAAACCAGCUGAGGGACAUCCAGGCUGAUUCUCUUGAUAGCUGGCGGGACCAGAGAAGCAAAGAUCCCAACUGUGCAUCUGUCUGUUACAGAGUAUGGGCUCUUUUCAUUAUAGCUAUUAGUUCAGAGAAUGAAUAGCUGAAGGAAGCAGUAUUUCUAUUUUUCUCUUUGAGACGCAAGCUCACACUGGUAUGCUUGUGAGAUGCAGCAGUUUAAACCUCCUCUAAAGGGAACUAUUCACUUCUCCAUGGAUACUCCAUAAGGUGUGAGGUCUUUAGACUUUCAUGGGGAGCUUUUCACCUGCUCAUCCGUAUCCUAGUCUCGUGGACAACUGUUUCAUUGUUUCCUUACUAAAAAGCCAAUCAAACCCUUGAUAAUGUAUUUUUAUUAUUGGCUCUUUCUAAACAUAAGUGAUGUGUUUUAACUGGAUCUAACCCUUAUACCCCCAGCACACCUGACUUUUAAUUUUAUGUGUCUUUUGUUUUUCUUGUUUAUAACACACUGAGUUCUGGUGGUUCUGUCCAGUGUGUGUGGUCAUGGACUUGAGCCGGAACAACAUAUUAGUGGCCGUAUUCUGGAGGGAAAGUGACUCCUUCCGGUUCCCCACAGACCAUCAGUUGUCCAUACCUUCAUAGCUAGGAGUGGCUUUCUGGAGGAUUGCUAGGACAGUAAUUUUGAAAUGGAGAGGCUUGUGUUAAGGCUGUCUACAGUCUAAGGCAUGAACUGUAGAUGACCCCUCUUCUCUGUUUUGAGAGCCUGGCCAGUUCUGAGGAUGGAGAACUGGGCGUAUUUUUUUGCUGUAAUUGAGAUAGAGACAUGUUGAUGCACUUCACAACCCUGACAUCUGGCAAUGUCUGGGAGUGGAUGUCCAUGCUGGAACAGGUACCUGGAUGAUUGCCGAGCACUGGGCAAUGAGCCGCCAUUGUUCCUGAGGUCUAAAAGUUUGCCUGAGAACACCUCCAGCUGCUGCUGUUUCAACCCUGGAGAAACAUGUAGUCAUAGGAAUGCUCUUAGAAAGGACACUUUGGCCCAUCAGAAGAGGGAAAGGGAGAAAGUGGCCUUUGAGGAUGUGGCUGUGAACUUCAACUCAGGAGAAUGGGCUUUGUUGAAUUCAUUUCAAAAGAAGCUCUACAGAGAUGUGAUGAAGGAGACAUUUUUGAACCUGAUCUCCAUAGAAAAAGCAGUAGAAGAAAAUAUUGGAGAGAACUGCAUAGACUUCAGCAGAAAUUCACGAAUUCAAGUGAUUGAGAAAGACUGUGGAUAUGCAUGUGUCCAUGAAUGUGAUAAGACCCAGGAACCUAUUACAGAGAAUGUCAUCAACACAGGCAUGCCUCCUGGAGAAAGAGUAUGUCAAAGCCCAUUGCAUAUAAGAAACAUCCUUGGUCAUUCAUCCUCACAUGGGUAUCUCAGAGAGCAAACUACAGGGAUACCAUCUGCAUGGAAGAAAGCUAUGACUAAAGCUUUUACACAUCAGGAACAUUGGAAAGAUACCCAUCAUUCUGAAUCACUUCAGGUACUUGAAACUUCUCCCACACUGGAGAGAAGCCUUAUGCAUGUAAGUAUUGUGGAAAACCUUUCAGUGACUCCACUAGUCACAAGAAACAUGAAAGAAAUCACAGUGCCGAGAACCUUAUGCAUGUAACUAUUGAAGAAAAGCCUUCAGGACCUCCAGUACUCAUAAGAAUCAUGCAAGGAUUCACAUUGGAUUGAUGCUAUGUAUUCAGGCAUUGUGGGAAAGCCUUCAGCCAGUUCAAUGGUCAUAGGUAUCAUGAAAGGACUCACGCUGAAGAGAAGCCUUAUUCAUGCAGGCAUUGUGGAAAACCCUUCAGUGACUCCAGUAGUCAUGAGAAACAUGAAAGAAUGUACACUGGAGAGAAACGUAUGCAUGUAAGUAUUUGGAAAAGUCUUCAGUCAGUCCAGUUGUCUUAAGGAUCAUGAAAGGACUCACACUAGAUAGAAGUGUUAUGUAUGUAAACGUUACUUAAAAACAUUUACUCUUUCACAUCCUAACUUGAAUAACAUUUGUCACAGGAGAGAAACAAUGUUUGUGGGAAACUGUUCUUUCAGUCUAGUGAUCUUUACAAGUAUGAAAAAGUUCACUCAAAAGAGAGGCAUUGUCCAUGUAAGCAUUUUGGAAAAGCAAUCAUGACUCCAGUAGUCACCACAGACAAGGAACGUAUCACUCUGGAGAGAAGCCUUAUGCUUUUAAGCAUUGUAGAAAAGCUUUCAGGCACUCUGGUGAUACUAGCAGACAUGAAAUGCUUCAUUCUAGUCAGUAGCCUAAUGUUUCAUUGCAUUUGGGAAAGCCUUCCAUAGUUCCAAUUGGCACAAGAGCACUAAAAACAUUCACACUGGAGAGAUAGCCUUUCUUUGUAAGAAGGUGGGAAACUAUUUCCAUGUUCUUUUUAUUUUUAUCAAGGAUAAAAGACCUCACACUCGUGAGCAAUUGUUUCAAUGUCAACAUUAUAGAAAGCCUUGGGAACUUCAAGUUUCUGUAACCCCAAUGCAAGAAUUUACAUUGGGAGGAAGUUUAAUGCAAGUAUGCAUCGAAGUUUUUGCCAAAGGCUUCACCAGUUCCUAUUUCCAUUAUGUUCUCAAGAAUCCAUCCUAUAGACUUGGGUAUCCAUUUGGAAAAUGCUUUAGCAGCAAUAAUUCCUAUUACACUGAGCAAUUUUUUUCCACUGGUGAAAGCCUUUGGAAUAAAUGUGGGAAAAUCUUCAAAGUGUUUAAAAUAAAUUAAGUUUGAAGUUAUUGUCAUUUUCAGCUAUGUCUUCCCGACUUUGUGUGUCCACCAUCCUUAUAUAAUGAUCUCACAGUGAAAAGUGUAGUUUGUAGAACUUGCUCCACCAUUAGGUAUGUGACACUGCAUUGGUCAAAUUGCUGGUAUUAUGAGGUAUGAAAGGUGAAUGUGAUUGAACCGUGAGAUGCAUCAGCUAGUAAUGAUUUAUUGCCAGAAUUCAUGAUUUUCUCAGUUCCCUUCCUGGAUCUUACAUGGCGGCAGUAGAGAAACAAUUCCUGAAAAAGGUCUUCUGACAGUAAUAUAAACACUUCCAAAUGAAUUCACACAUAGCAAUACAAAUGAGUAAAUAAUAUGUUGUGGGAGUGGAGACUUAAUUAACAAGUGUGAUAUUUUAAUGUGGAAAGAAACAUUGUUAGACCCACUUUUUUACUAUAUGAAGGAUUAAAAUUAUUACAGUAUAUGCAAUAA